CGGGUCGAGCUCUGCAAAAUCCGUCCACGCGUUACUUUCGUGGACGCGCUAUCCUCCCGCCAUCCUCUCUCUCUCUCACACACACACUCUCUCUCUCUGGCCAGCGGUUUCAGCAGUGAUGGCGAUGGAAUGCCGCGCCGCAACGUCGACUCCACUUCUGUUCACCCUACGCCAACCCUCGCGCCCGUCUUCAAAGUCGUCCGUCUUCUUAUUAUUUCUCGCCCGCCAUUUCUGCAGGAGCUACCGGAAUCGAGAUGUCCUGCGUCCUUUUUGUUGGUCCAGGUGUCUCGCUGACGGCAAUCUAGGCCGCCUCCGUCGUGGGCUUCCUGUUGGUUAUGUUGCGAAUUGCGUCCCGGCAUUUCUGCCCUCCAUGCAGCAUUGCGUGGCUUCUCUGUCCAGUACAGCGGCAAUCGGCGCGAGCGGUGGAGGAGGAGGCGGUGUCGAUGACGGACAAGGGGGAGACGGUGGCGGCGGCGAUGGAUCGAGCAGCCCAACGGAUGCGAAAUCGCUUGCCGGGGACUCGGACGAGGUUAUGGCGGCGUCUGUGGACGUCAUAGUCCUGGACGUUGGGGGCAUGUCUUGUGGAGGGUGUGCAGCAAGUGUGAAGCGUAUUUUGGAAAGUCAGUCGCAGGUAUCAGCUGCCAAUGUCAACCUUGCAACUGAGACAGCAGUUGUAUGGCCUGUACCAGAAGUGCGGGACAUGCAGAACUGGAAGCAGGAUUUGGGUGAAAAACUUGCUGCACACUUGACAAGUUGUGGAUUUAAGUCUAACUUGCGAACCUUUUCAAGGGAAGACUUGAAUUCAGUUUUUGAGCGAAAGAGAAUGGAAAAGCUUCAUCUUUUGAAAAAAAGUGGUAGGGACCUUGCAGUCUCAUGGGCACUAUGUGCUGUGUGUCUUGUUGGACAUGCACUUCAUUUUAUUGGGGCGAAUGUGCCUUCCUGGAUACACGCGCUACAUUCUGUUGGAUUUCACAUGUCAUUGUCUAUGCUUACAUUGUUUGGUCCUGGGCGUCAAAUAAUGUACGAAGGGAUAAAAAGCCUGUUAAGAGGAGCACCAAACAUGAAUACUUUAGUCAGUCUUGGGGCAAUAUCUUCAUUUACUGUCAGUUCAAUGGCCGUGUUGUUGCCAAAACUGGGUUGGAAGACAUUCUUUGAGGAGCCCAUUAUGCUGUUAGCUUUUGUGCUUUUGGGUAGAAAUCUCGAACAGAGAGCAAAAAUUAAGGCAACAAGUGAUAUGACUGGACUUCUGAGUGUACUUCCAAGAAAAGCUCGCCUUGUAAUGGAUAAUGACAUGGAAGGAUCACAUGCACUUGUUGAUGUUCCAUGUGAUACUCUAUCUAUCGGAGACAAGAUUGUUGUUCUUCCAGGAGAUCGGAUUCCAGUGGAUGGCGUUGUUGUUGCUGGUAGAAGUUCUGUUGAUGAAUCCAGCUUCACUGGAGAGCCUCUUCCAGUUUUGAAAUUGCACGGGAACGAAGUUAAUGCAGGAACUAUAAACGUAAAUGGAAAACUCACAAUUGAAGUAAGAAGACCAGGUGGUGAGUCUCUCAUCUCAGAUAUUGUUCGCCUUGUGACCAAUGCACAAAAUAGACAGGCCCCUGUACAAUGCCUUGCAGACAAGGUUGCUGGUGUCUUUACAUAUGGAGUCAUAGCACUUUCAGCCAUGACAUUUUUGGUCUGGAAAAACUUUGGUUCACAAGUUCUGCCAGCUGUUAUCCAACAUGGAGGUCCAGUUUCCUUAGCAUUGCAACUCUCCUGCAGCGUUCUGGUUGUUGCCUGUCCAUGUGCACUAGGGCUUGCUACACCAACAGCUGUACUGGUGGGAACUUCUUUAGGGGCGACCAGGGGAAUGCUUAUUCGUGGUGGAGACAUCUUGGAGAAAUUUGCUUCGGUUGACACAGUCGUAUUUGACAAAACUGGGACUCUGACCACUGGGAAGCCUAUCGUAACCAAAGUUAUCACCAUAGCUUCUGAUGAAGCAAAUGCUUCAAAUGCACACUUGGAACCUAAGGUUCUGGAGUUUGAAAUUCUGAGAUUAGCUGCUGCAGUUGAAUCAAAUUCCAGUCAUCCAAUUGGAAAAGCUAUUGUGAAAGCUGCAGAAGCAGUUGGUUGUACAUAUGGAAAGGCAGCUGAUGGUUCUUUUAAGGAGGAACCAGGUUCUGGUGCUAUGGCAGUUGUUGAGCAUAAAGAAGUAUUGGUUGGUACGCAAGAUUGGCUCUUGAGAAAUGGAGUUGGGAAUUAUGCAUUUCCUAGAGGAGAAGAUCCUGAAACCCAGUCUGUGGCUUAUGUAGGAGUCAAUGGUUUUCUGGUUGGUCUUAUUUAUGUGGAAGACACAAUAAGGGAUGAUGCUGUUGAGGUGGUUAAGUCACUCUCAGAGAUGGGAAUAAGCACCUAUAUGCUGUCUGGUGAUAAGGAGCGUUCAGCUGGGUAUGUAGCUUCUAUUGUUGGCAUUCCAAAAGACAAGGUGCUAUCAGGAGUCAAACCAGAUGGAAAGCUUAGUUUCAUUCAUAAGCUUCAGAAAGAACGGAAAACAGUAGCUAUGGUGGGAGAUGGUAUUAAUGAUGCUGCUGCUCUUGCAUCAGCUAGCGUAGGAGUUGCAAUGGGUGGGGGUGUUGGAGUAGCUAGUGAAGCAUCGUCUGUGGUCCUCAUGGGUGACAAACUCACACAGUUGCUGGAUGCACUGGAGCUUAGCAGGCUAACUAUGAAGACUGUCAAGCAGAAUCUCUGGUGGGCGUUUGCAUAUAACAUUGUUGGCCUUCCAAUAGCAGCUGGUUUGUUGCUUCCAUUUAAUGGCCCGAUGCUGACGCCAUCCAUAGCUGGGGCUUUGAUGGGUCUAAGUUCAGUUUGUGUGAUGGCCAAUUCAUUGCUGCUGCGGAUAAAGUACGGUGUAAGGAGGCCCCUCUAUAAACCAUCUCCCAAGGAGAUGGGCUCUAGCAACCACAAAGGCAAUCAGUUGCAUAAAACAUACUGGAAGAAUGCAUGAAACUGAUUGAGUACAUCUUCUCAGGUCGCAUAUUUGGACGAACAAUCCUGUCCCAUUGGCAUUGUAGGGGAGAGGGAGAGAGC